ACGCCGUAGCGCGGGGAAUUUCGAGUGGCGGUGGAGCGCUGGAGGCCAGUGGGUGCUGGAACCCCCACCGGCCUACCUAGGAGAGACCAUGGACUCCCUAGUCGAGCCUCGGUGGCCUCCAGGCCUGGCAGUCAUGAAGACAAUAGAUGAUUUGCUGCGGUGUGGAAUUUGCUUUGAAUAUUUCAACAUUGCAAUGAUGAUUCCUCAAUGUUCACAUAACUACUGUUCUCUCUGUAUAAGAAAAUUUCUGUCCUAUAAAACACAAUGUCCAACUUGUUGUGUGACAGUCACAGAGCCGGACCUAAAAAAUAACCGCAUAUUAGAUGAACUGGUAAAAAGCUUGAAUUUUGCACGGAAUCAUCUGUUGCAGUUUGCCUUAGAGUCACCACCCAUAUCUCCUGCUUCUUCCUCUUCAAAGAACCUUGCUUCCAAAGUACACACUCCUGUAGCCUUCAGACGUUCUUUAAAGCAAGGAAGCAGGUUAAUGGAGAAUUUCUUGAUCAGAGAAACUGGUGGUUCCACAUCAGAGUUGUUGAUAAAAGAGAAUGAGAGUAAAUGCACCCCUCAGAAAGAGGUGAGCACUUCUUCAAAGACCAAAGAGACACCUAUAGAAAAGGCAGCUCCGUGUUCCUUAGAUGCUCAUGUUCCUGAGACACCCUCUACAUCAACUUUGAAACAGGUUACCAAAGUGGAUUGUCCUGUUUGCGGGGUUAAUAUUCCAGAAAAUCACAUUAAUAAGCACUUAGACAGCUGUUUAACACGUGAGGAGAAGAAGGAAAGCCUCAGAAGUUCUGUUCACAAAAGGAAGCCUCUGCCCAAAACUGUAUAUAACUUGCUUUCAGAUCGUGAUUUAAAGAAAAAGCUAAAACAGCAUGGAUUAUCUAUUCAAGGAAAUAAACAACAGCUCAUUAAAAGGCACCAAGAAUUUGUACACAUGUACAAUGCCCAGUGCGAUGCUUUGCAUCCUAAAUCAGCUGCUGAAAUAGUUCAAGAAAUUGAAAAUAUGGAGAAGACUAGGAUGCGUCUUGAAGCUAGUAAACUCAAUGAAAGCAUAAUGGUUUUUACAAAGGACCAAACAGAAAAGGAAAUAGAUGAAAUUCACAGUAAAUAUCGUAAAAAACAUCAGAAUGAAUUUCGGCUUCUGGUGGAUCAGGCCAAAAAAGGAUACAAGAAAACUGUUGAAAUGUCAAAAAAAAAAGUAACAAAAGAAGAAGAUGGAUCUACAGAAAAGCUAUUACCUGUAUGCGUGGAACAGGAAGAUAAAAAAAUGAAAUUCUCAGAUACUUCCCCCAUAACAAACCACUUCUCUCAGUCAAAACUGGAAUCCCCAGGGAGAAUGGAGUCUGAUAGACCAGAUGAUUCUUCCAGCUGUACUGAUAUUCAAGAAGAAGCUCGCUCUUCAUCAGAUUCAGACUCAUUCAAUAGUUCCAGUUCAGACAUCAUAAGAGAUCUUUUAGAAGAAGAGGAAGCCUGGGAAGCAUCACAUAGAUUUGGGGGAUUACGAAUAAAACUGCUGGAAGGAUUUGAGUACAGUAUUGUGUGUGGACAUAAGUUUUCAUUUCUCUUUGGUAAAUACCUAGGAAUGGCAUCAUAUGAAAUGAUCUUCAAGAUACAGAAAUGAGUCCAAGACAGAAUCGUCGAACAAGAUCAGCGGAGGGUGCUGAGAUUGAGCCGAGAAAUAAGCGGAAUAGGAAUUAGUGAGGGCUUUGCUGACUUUUCCAGUGUGGUGAUUGGAGUGUGGCACUUUGGGUUGCCACACAGACUUCAUAUUCAUAAAUGCCCAAGUGAAGGUGUUGACUUCUCAAUAUGAUGGUUAGCUGAUUUUCAUACUUUUUGCCUUUCUUGGGAAAAAUAAGUUCUGAAACAUCCUCACUUGGUCAAUUAUCCCCUAUCUCUAAAGCAUCUCUCUCUAAAAAUAUUGACAGCCACACGUCUGCCAACUUUGCAGAGUACACAGACGUCUUGACAAAGAGUUUUGUUUCUAAAUUUCAGGAUAUCCUUAAGACAUUCUCCUCUUCCAUGUAGAAACUAACUUGAGAAAAGGAUUCUUUUCAACCUCUCUGUCACAAGGAGCAGCUGAGGAAUUAAGAGCCUUUGUAUUUCUGGAAAGGCAGGUUGUCAUAAAAUCACCUCUUUGGUGCGUGUCAGCCCCUGAUGCCCAGAUGCCAGCAUGCCUGUCACAAGCAGUUACGUGAUGGUCAUUGCCCGAAUUUAAUGUAGUCAUUUGUCACUUGGAGUAGGAUGUUUGUAUCGAAACCAAAAGUCACAAACACUAACUUUGAAACAUUGGCGUAUUCUUUGGAAAUGGCACUUCAAAAUGAUAUUAGUCUUUUUUUUUUUUUUUCACUUGGGUAAAUCAAAUCUUUACCACUCUGACUCCCAGCUAUUAAACAAAAAGUAUGCAAUAAAUGAAUUUUGUAAAUGAAGAGACUGUAUCAAUUUAAAAUAAUGUCCUGGAAAUAGUGUCUUAUGGAUAGUUGAGUACAAGCUACAAAUCACUGGAAAGACUUGGUCAGAAAUUGUCUCUGUGCAAAAUGUCCAUCAGGUCCCAGUUCUUCCAGAGUUCCUAACGCCGCUCUUCACCAUCUCAGAGUCAGCCCUCUCCACCCCUGCCCCCACAUCACUCCCAGCCCAAACACAUCAGCUUUCAAAUAACAUGACAGCACACGCGCCAAUGUUAAGACAACAAAUUUAUGAAUGUGCCAGAGAGGCGUUUGUGACUUCCCCUUUCCAAAGAAUGUCUCCAUUGACUUUGGCUCUUUGGUAUGCUUUGGGUUUCUGGAUAAUGUGUGGAGUCUCAUUAUGACUUAGAGUUCAGCGCUUGCACACUUAAAAGGCCAUUUGUUUUCUUUUUGAGUUCCCUGAGCUUCAGAUGGUUAUGUAAGAAUUUGUCAUAGUCAUUUCAUCUGCGAAAUUAUGAGUGGUGCAUUAAGGAAACUAAAAGUAGCACCACUCACUGAAUCUAUCAAAGGAUCUGAUGUGAGGUAAGUGAGCAAUAUCAAGCAAGAUAAAGUUUAACAUUGAUGUGAUAUUUACGUCACUGAAUUGCCAGAAAUUAUGCUAAAAUGAAAACUGUUUCAUUAAAAAUUGCACAGCCUACUAUAAAUUAAACUGGAAGUAAUUACUACUUUAAUUGCAGCUGUAAAAAACAAAAUCCAAGCAAGUAAAUAUGAAGAUCUACUUGGCUUUAUUCAGGGAUUCAUGAAUCAGGCAGCAUCCCAUCUACAAGUAGAAAGGAGCACCAAGUUGCCAUACAAAAUGGAUGGUUUUUAAAGCAGAAACAGGGUUGGAAGGAGGGAUGGAAGUCAUUAGCAAAAGAAAAGAAAGGAUUGGUGUAGGCAAGGUCACCUUUUGAGGGAAGGGCUAGGGUCUAUCUUGCAGAAGACCUCAGUAAUGCUGAUCAGGAAAUUCCAGUGUGAGGCCACAUUCCUGCAAUGCAAUUAUGUUUUGGUUGCUGUUGUGGGGGCAUGUGACUCCAUUUUGAGCCUUUUAUUUCUUUUCCUUUUUCUUUUUUUAAUUUAUUUUAUUUUAUUUUAUUUUUUAAAAAGAUUUUAUUUAUUUAUUUGAGAGAGA